UGUUUCACAAGCGGCCAGCUUCAUAUCAACCCCUCCCUGCCUCAUCAGCGCGAUCAGACCUGAAUUCCAGGUCAGGGACGAAGACCUUCUAAUCUCCUUCAACUCUCGGGCAGAUCGAGCAGAACCAUACAGCAUACUUUACCUCAAGCUAUCGAAUCCCGGCACGCAGUAGAAGUUUAGAACCGCCGUUCACAAAUACCAGCAUCAUCAUGGCUUCCAAAUCGGGCUCGAACACCCUCCCCCAGGACCAGAUUGACCAAUACAAGCAAGUAUUCGAGAUAUUCGACAAGGAUGGAACUGGCGACAUCACCGCCGACGAGCUCGGCAAUGUCAUGAAAGAGCUCGGCUUGAACCCCAGCGAGGAGGAGUUGCAGGACCUGAUCAACGAGGUCGACACCAACAAGGAUGGGGUCAUCUCGUUCGAUGAGUUCCUCGCUCUCAUGUCUCAGACAGUGAAGGAGGUGGACACGGAGCAGGAACUCCUCAACGCCUUCACGGUCUUCGACAAGGACGGCAGCGGCACCAUCUCGAGCGACGAGUUGCGUCAUGUGCUCAAGCAGCUCGGCGAGAACCUGACGGACGAGGAGGUGGAUGAGAUGAUCAAGCUGGCUGACCGAAAUGGCGAUGGCCAUAUCGACUGCUGGCGAAUAGACCACGAGUUUGCCAACAUCAUGAAAUGAGCGCGGGACAAAAGUCUUGCAGGAGGCGGGAACUGAGCGCGGAGCAGGAAGGAUAUGGAACAGGAAUAGCGAUGAACUUUAAUUCUUAGAGAAUCUGCGACGUUUUGUUAGCGGAAUGGUGCCCUUGAGGAGGAAGUGGCGAAAUGCUUGAGUCUUGGUUGAACGCUGAUGGGACGUUUGCAAGUUCCAAUCCGUGACCCGUGGGCUGCAGCCAUCCUGUAAUCUUGGCAUAGGUAGAUUAUGACAAGUUUC